AUGGGUCUGCUAAGUAUUCUUAGGAAAUUGCGUUCUGGUUCUGAGAGGGAGUUACGUUUGUUGUUGCUUGGCUUGGACAAUGCGGGUAAAACUACGCUAUUGAGACAGUUAGCUGCGGAAGAUAUAUCUCAUGUCACUCCGACCGCCGGCUUUAAUAUAAAAUCAGUUUUAUCUAAUGGCUUUAAGUUGAAUGUAUGGGAUAUUGGUGGACAGAGAAAGAUAAGGCCAUACUGGAGAAAUUAUUUUGAGAAUACUGAUAUUUUGAUCUAUGUAGUAGAUUGUUCUGAUCAUCAUAGACUCGAAGAAACAAGCUUGGAACUGGCAGAACUCUUGCAAGAUGAUAAAUUACGUUCUGUUCCCUUAUUGGUAUAUGCAAAUAAACAGGAUUUAGCUGCAGCAUUACCAGCUAGUGAAGUGGCUCAGCAUCUUGGUCUACAUUUAAUUAGAGAUCGCACUUGGCAGAUACAAGCCUGUGUUGCAACAGAUGGGACGGGGGUAAAGGAAGGAAUGGAGUGGGUCUGCAAGAACAUUUCAGCUAAAAAG